AUGCAAUGUGUCAUGAUGUGGGUCAGGGCGGUUUGGAAAGAGCCAAAUGGAGAGGAGGAGGGAGUCAUCCCAGAGGUUUGGGUGAAGGACAACAUGCGGCCCCACACUCCCAGCCACAGCACUUCACGCGAGAGGUCCCACACUCCAUGCCAGGUGCCCCACACUCCGACCCACAGCACCCCACGCAAGCAGUUCCACACUCCACGCCAGUGGUCCCACACGCCACACCACACCACUUCACGCCACCGGUCCCGAUCUCAGACCCACAGCACCCCACGCAAGCAGUUCCACACUCCACGCCAGCGGUCCCACACGCCACACCACACCACUUCACGCCACCGGUCCCGAUCUCCGACCCACAGCACCCCACGCAAGCAGUUCCACACUCCACGCCAGCGGUCCCACACGCCACACCACACCACUUCACACCACCGGUCCCGAUCUCCAACCCACAGCACCCCACGCCAGCAGUUCCACACUCCAAGCCAGCGGUCUCACACGCCACGCCACAGCUCUUCACGCCCACGGGACAGCGCUCCACAUCAGCGCUCCCGCUCUCCUUAUGAGUGCUCCCAAAGACCAGGUUGGGGGAACCAGCACAGAGAGGGCGGAGAGCUAUUCCCAUUAGAUAAUAGAAAAUUCCAAAGGCGGGUCCUCUAUCUUCUGUCUGAUAUUCGGUCUAAGCUGUCAGAGGUGGGCCAAAACCGUGAGCCCCCAGAGUCUCAGUUCCACCUUGAGAAGAUGAACGCCAGGCGUGAGCUGAAAAAUCUGGAAGGGCAACUGGCCGAUGAAGAAAAGUGGAAUGUGAUGGUGUCUCGGUUAGUCAGGAUAGGAGGUGCAAACCUUGAGGACUGUGUAAAAAAUGUGAUGAAAAGAGUUCUUACAAACAGAUUGAUGGCAACAAUGAAUAUGGAUGGCUCAGGGGUGAAGAAGGCCUUUGGAAAAACACGGCUAUGCCGUGUUAUAAUAGGUGCUGUACAGCAGUCCAAACCUUCAGCGUCAGAGGCUGAAAUAAAAAAAUACAUGGGGAGCUAUCUCCGGUCUGCUCCCGAUAGAUGCGGGGGUAUGGGACGACAAAAGGGGACAUCUGCAAUUGAUGUGUGUUCAGAUUCUGAAUAAGUAGGCCUAUAACCUAUUGUUUAGC